AUGGACCCGAGAGACUACUCGUGGCCUCCACAGAGAUUCGACAUAGCCGCCCCCACAGGAUCUGACGGACAGGGUCAGCUGCCAUGGCCAAUGGUGUAUCCACAGGACCCUACUGGCCUUGGCCUGACCCACAAUUAUGCGUCCAACGUGGGGGGCUUUUCGGCACCUGCAGUCAACCGCCCCCGCGCAAUCGGUACCUGGAGCGAGGUAGAUCCCAGCCCCGUUCCCGAGAACUGGCUACCGGGUAUCAUGCAACUCGAGCUGCCAGACUCUAUGAUCCAGCAGACCGUCACCGCCAAGCCUCCAGAAGAACAUCCAAUGCUCACUGCGAAACGUCGCAUGCAAAACCGCGAGGCACAACGCCGUUUCCGCAAAAAGAGGGAAGAGCAAGAAAUGGUCCUCCAAGACAGGAUAUCCGAUCUCGAGGCGAAAUGCAAGAUUCUCCGGGAGAGCCUGAACCAGAAAUCCGGGGAAACGGAACUGCCUCUACGUGAAAAGAGGGAACUCGAAGCGCAGGUGCAGGUUUUACGCAAACAGGAGCAAAUGCUCUUACGACUUCUACGGGAACAAAAAGGGGGACUGUUAGAGUCUUUCCUUUCCCAGGAGGCUAGUAUGUCCUCUUCUGCGUUGGCCUCGCCUGGCCCCGGGCAGGUGGAUUCGGCUUCGGCAGCUGUGGUAGGAUACGGACCCGGAUCCGACUCGAUGCUUUCGACAAUAAAUGAUAACAAGACUAUGUAG